AUGUCGUCGGCGCGCGAGGCGCCUUUCGGCCGCCUCGGCGGCAGGGCGUUUGCCAAGCUCGUCUGCACCGACAGCUGGCGCCAUGGGCUCCUUCAUCGGGUCAUCGCGGCGGUGAUCAUCGCAUGGGUCGUUCAGGACAUCCGCGCCGGUCGAGCCCUGAGCAAGGAGCCCGCAGACGUGAGGGCGAGCGUGCAGACUGCCUACGACGACCCGUCGGAGGACCAGAUUGGGCCGGCUGGCGCGCCACCGUUCCGCGGACGUGUGCGCCGUCCUUCACCUACGAGGUGCCGGCCGGCGGGGCGCUGCCCGCGGAGGAGACGCGGUGCGAUACUGCCUGCCGCUGCUGAGCAAGGACGGCUACGUCCCCCUGAGCCCCGAGCUGAUGAGGUACAGCGCGGACACGCUGACGCUCGACAGCUGGAGUGUCCCAGACUGCGGGCUGCAGUUCGGCGACCCGCCAGCGGGGUGCCCAGGGACGGGAAGACCAGCGCGGCGUACACCUUCAGCAUGCUCGGGGGCGGCGACGUCGAGCAGGCGGCCUGCAGGAUCGCGUGGCUCAAGAACGAGCCGGGGACGAGGAAGAACUGGUUCUACGGGGACUGGCAGGGCGUCAACCAGAGCGGCGCGCUGUCGAUGAGGAUCGGCCCCGACGCGGUCGAGCUCGGGAACGGCCAGCGGCUCCCGAUCCUGGAGGAGACCAGCACGCACAUCGUCGUCCAGGAGGGGCGCGCGACGGGUCGCCGGCGACCGGCAAGAUUGUCGACUCCCAGAUCCACUGGGACAUCUGCGAGGCCGAAUGCGAGCUCGAGCGCAUGCCGGAGUACAUCUCAAGGCCGACCAGGAGAAUCCAUUCCAUGGGACGGCAUCGUGGCGAUCGGCAACGCGACCAAGGACCAGAGCUGGUGGCAGGACCCUGCUGGCGACGACCCGACGCUCUUGUUCAGCAUUGAUGCCAGCGUUCGAGACCAA